UUUAAUUAAAAAAAUAUAGAAAACCCACAAACCCUCAAAACAGACGCUAUUUUCUCUAAAUCUGAAACCCCCCAAAUCUCUCUCAAUUUUCAACCUUGAAAAUCCGACGACUGGCUGCUCCGGCGAAUGACGACCUGCUCCGGCUAAUGACGACUGACUGCUCCGACGACUGGCUAUUGGUAUUUUCCCCUGUUCGAUAUUUGUAUGGUUGUUAGCUGAGUAUUGAAAUUGUUCGCAGCUUCUUCGAUCUGCUUUCUUCUUUGGAUAAAAUUAAUUUAAUGGAUAAUGGAGAUAAAAGGUGGAUGGGCCUUUGAAGGUCAACUGAUGACUACAUACAAGGAGUGAAUAAAUUUUUUGAUAAAGCAUUUGAACGAGCUUCCCAAGGAAAUCAAAUAUUAUGCCCUUGUAAAGUGUGCGCUAAUUGUUUUUGGCAUCAUAGGAAUGUGGUGGAAGACCAAUUGAUUGUUAAUGGUUUUGUUCAUAGAUACAUCAAAUGGGUUUUCUACGGGGAAGGAUUUUCCUCGAGAAAGACUCGAUGUCCAAGCAGUAAUGAUGAAGGUUCUGACAUGUAUGACGAUAUUGAUGGAUUACUUCAUGAUACAUUUCGAAGUGUCGAGGAUGAUUUGGGACAUGAAGGAGUGAGGGAUGGACUAUCAGAAGAUGCAAAAAGAUGUUUUAAAUUAGUAGAAGAAGGGAAAGAAGAAUUAUAUCCAGGGUGUGAGAAUUCUACAAAUUAGGUUUUACGAUUCGGUUGUACUUGUUUAAAUGCAUUCAUGGGAUGAGUAAUGUGCCAUUCACAGACUUGUUGGAGUUGUUAAAAGAGGCAUUUCCAUUUGCUCAGCUACCCGAGUCUUUCUACAAGGCAACAAGCAUGAUAAAAGAUUUGGGUCUUCAUUAUGAAAAAAAUACAUGCAUGUCCUAAUGAUUGCAUGUUAUUUUGGAAUGACAAUGUAAAUGUAGAUACUUGUUCUGUGUGUGGGUCUUCUAGAUGAAAGAAUAUUGUUAAUGUCUUGACUAAUAAAAAGACCAAAACCCUUGCAAAAGUUUUAAGGUACUUUCCAUUAAAGCCUCGGCUUCAGAGGAUAUUCAUGUGUCCCGAAACAGCUGAAGCUAUGAGAUGGCAUGCCACUGAAUGACCGAAUGAUGGAAAUAUAAGACAUCCUACUGAUGGUGAUGCUCGGAAGGAAUUCGACUCCUUGCACCCUGAAUUUUCUAGCGACCCUCGCAAUGUUAGAUUGGGUCUUUCAAGUGAUGGUUUCAACCCGUUUCGAACAAUGAGCAUUUCCCAUAGCACAUGGCCUGUUAUGUUAAUGAACUAUAAUCUAUCGCCUUGGAUUUGCAUGAAGCCAGAGUAUAUAAUGUUGUCAAUGAUCAUCCCAGGUCCGUCAUCUCCGGGAAAUGAUAUAGAUGUGUAUCUACAACCACUAAUUCUUGAAUUGAAGGAACUAUGGGAAUUCGGUGUAGAAACAUUUGACGCCGAAUCCAACCAGGUGUUUCAAAUGCGUCCAGCGUUAAUGUGGACAAUUAGUGAUUUUCCUGCACUAGCAAUGCUUUCUGGAUGGAGUACAAAGGGAAAAUUUACAUGCCCCACUUAUAAUUAUGGCACAUGUUCUCAAUAUCUCAAGCAUAGUCAUAAGAUGUGCUACAUGGGUCAUCGGGGCAUUUUUGCCUCCUAAACAUCCGUUUCGAAGAGAUAAAAAAUCAUUUGAUGGUAAGGAGGAUCAUAGACUUGCACCUACUCCUUUGUCGGGUAUAGAAGUCCUCGAAGAGUUGCGUGAAUUCAAGAAUGUCUUUGGAAAUGGCCAAAGGAAAAGGUCUCGGGAUAACAAGUGUCCAUGGAAGAAAAGAUUCAUCUUCUUUGAACUACCAUACUGGGAAACUAACAAAUUGAGGCACAAUCUUGAUUCGAUGCACAUUGAGAAAAAUAUAUGUGAUAGUAUUCUUGGGACAUUAUUGGAGAUAGAUGAAAAGUCAAAAGAUCAUGUAAAUUCUCGUUACGAUUUGCAAGAAAUGGGAAUACGAAAAGAGCUUCCACCAAUACAAGAUGUUGUAAGUGGAACAAUUUCAUUGGCUAAAGCUUGUUUCUACAUGAAUCCAGAAGAGAAGAGGCCAUUUUGCACCGUCUUUAAAAUGGCAAAUUGCCAAAAGGCUGUGCCUCGAAUAUAUCACGUUGUGUGCAUGAGAAAGAGAUGAAAAUAUCGGGGUACAAGAGUCAUGAUGCUCAUUUUAUAAUGCAUUACUUGCUCCAAGUUGUUGUUAGAAAAUCAUUACCCAAGAAUAUUUCUUUGGCAUUGAUUAGGUUGGGAAACUUCUUUAGAGCCAUAUGUGCUAAGGUUGUAAGGCGAGAGGAUAUUGAUAGAUUGCAUACUGAAAUUAAUGAAAUUACAUGUGAGCUUGAAAUGA